UCGAUUUCUAAUGGCCAAGCCUAAUCAGAUCCCCUUCUUCCUCCUGGCCAUCCUCUUCAUGUUUGACCCCUCUAUUCUCUUCAGCCACGGCCAGCUCUUGCCCAUAGUGGAUGAGCCGAGAGACAGCACUACUAGCAAGGUUCCAAUCUACAUUGUCCAUGUAGUAAAGCCCGAUGGCACCGACCUCCUCUCUGCGGAAGAGCAGGAAAACUGGUACAAGUCCUUCCUCCCCUCCACCCACCUCGAAACUGGCGAGCCGCGGUUGGUCUACUCCUACACCCACGUCAUGAGUGGAUUCGCCGCGAGGCUAACCCCUGAGGAAGUCCGUGCCAUGGAAGACAUGGACGGGUUCGUGCACGCAUACCCCGACCAGCAGUUCGAGCUGUUCACGACGUACACGCCGAGCUUGCUGGGUCUAAAUGGGUGGCAGAGCCUCUGGGGGAACUCCAGUUACGGCGAAGGCGUGAUCGUCGGGGUGAUCGACUCCGGGAUUCACCCCACCCACCCUUCGUUCCAAGACAACGGAAUGCCAGCCCCGCCGCUAAAGUGGAGGGGUAGGUGUUAUUUUCGCCAAGGGAUCUGCAACAAUAAGCUCAUCGGGGCCAUGGGAUUUAACGGAGGAGCCAACCCCUUGCCGUUGGAUGACAUCGGGCAUGGCACCCAUGUCGCGAGCACGGUGGCAGGGAGCUUGGUCGCCAAUGCCAAUGUCCUCGGCCAAGCCUCGGGCAAUGCGGUGGGCAUUGCACCACGAGCUCACAUAGCCGUUUACAAGGUGUUGUUCAAUAAUGUUGGCUCGCAGAGUGAUAUCCUUGCCGGCAUAAACCAAGCCAUCGCCGAUGGCGUCGAUGUGCUGCAAAUGUCCCUGGGCUUAGUUUCUCUCCAGCUCCAUGCAGCAGGUGUCAACCUGGGCUCUUUUGCAGCAAUCCAGCGUGGAAUAGUCCCUUGCGCUGCUGCCGGUAACUCGGGCCCGCAGGAGAGCGUCAUCGCCAACGAUGCCCCCUGGGUCCUGACCGUCGGGGCGAGCACAACGGAUCGAAGAAUCCGAGCCACGGUGAAGCUUGGGGAUGGCACGGAAUUGAAUGGCGAAUCUGCUUACCAACCAAGUGGGCUCCUCAACCAAAUGCGAAUUGUGCAUCCGGGAGCCAGUGGCAUUCAGGACUACAGGGAGUGCAGAACACUGAAUGGGCUCAACGUCAGAGGUAUGAUUGUCUUGUGUUGGGGAAAAGCAAUUGGGGGAAACGUUGCCAUGGGCCAGGUAGUUAAAGCUGCCGGAGGAGCCGCCAUGAUCGUUGUGAACGAUCAGCUCCAAGCGCUCACCACCACAGCAGAAACCCAUGUCCUUCCGGCUGUCCACGUGGACUCUCGCAGCACUCAGAGGAUUCUAAAUUACAUUGGUUCAACACCCACACCAACCGCAACCAUUGAAUUCAAAGGAACGCUCUUCGGAGUCCACCGGAAUCCGGCUGUUGCCACCUUCUCCUCGAGAGGCCCGAGCUUGGUGAACCACGGCAUUAUCAAACCAGAUAUCGUCGCACCAGGGGUGAGUAUUCUUGCUGCAUGGCCCAACGCCAACACUUUCAAUUUUCUCAGUGGCACAUCCAUGGCAACACCGCAUGUCUCCGGGAUUGUUUCUUUACUCAAGAAGAUCCAUCCACAAUGGACACCAGCUGCGAUCAAGUCAGCGAUCAUGACGACGGCAUACACACUAGAUUUUGAUGGGAAUUUUAUCACUGACCAAUACCCUGAUACUAACCCUGCUAGCACUUACUACGCUAUGGGUGCUGGGCAUAUUAAUCCUUCAGCGGCAGCAGAUCCAGGCCUUGUUUACGACAUCGAUGAAAGCGAGUAUAUCGCGUAUCUUUGUGGCACAGGAUUUUCAGAUGCACAAGUCACCAUGAUCGCCCAGCGUCGCAUCAAUUGUUUUACUCACUUCCAAUUGACUGCAGAGCAACUGAACUACCCCUCUAUCUCGCUGACUCUAGGAUCCGGUGGAACAAAGAUCAUUAGCAGGACGGUGACGAAUGUAGGAGAGGCCAACUCGGUUUACUCGGUGCAGAUUAAUGAGCCUAGUGGUGCAGCAGUCGAUGUUUCUCCUAAUCAGUUGUUUUUCUCUAAUGUGGGUGAGAAGCAGAGCUAUCGUAUCCGGUUUAGAGCCAGAAACCCCUCUCCAGCACGUGGUCAGUUCCGGCAAGGACAGCUUUCAUGGGUUUCGAACAACCACGCUGUGAGAAGUCCCAUCUUAGUCACCUUCGCAUGAGGUACCGGCUUGGCCACCGCUUACGGUUCGAACACGCACGUGUAAUUGGCACUUGGAAGUACCCUAUAUGUGCAGACGGAAAAGAAAUUAUGCUUCUCAUGUUAUGCUAAUAAAUAAAUAAAUGUUAUCUA